CGUGAGCCCCAAAAAGUCCAACGAUUCUCUCCGAUUUCGAAGAACGAGUUUGGUCGACGAUUUCGCGAUCCGCCCGCCUGCAAAAAAGUUCAUCUUCCUCCCAAUCGAUCGUUUCUCGCCGAGCAUCGAAUCGACAUGGACGCGUUCGCUUCCCUGUUCCAGUCGAGCGGCAAGGGGUGGAGCCACGAUUCCCUCAAGAACUUCCGCCAGAUAUCUCCCGCCGUCCAAUCUCACCUCAAGAAUGUUUAUCUGUCCUUAUGCUGUGCCUUGAUGGCUUCGGCCGGUGGUGCUUACCUGCAUCUGAUGCUGAACAUCGGCGGGCUCCUCACGACAAUUGCUUGCAUCGGAAGCAUCGUGUGGCUGCUUUCGAUUCCUCCACAUGAAGAGCAAAAGAGGUUUGGUCUGCUCAUGGCGGCGGCUCUCUUUGAAGGAGCGUGUAUUGGUCCUCUCAUCGACGCGGCCAUUAAGGUCGACCCGAGCAUUGUGAUAAGCGCAUUUGUGGGAUCUGCGCUGGCCUUCGCUUGUUUCUCGGGCGCAGCCAUGUUGGCUAGGCGGAGGGAGUACCUAUAUCUUGGUGGCUUGCUUUCUUCUGGGCUCUCCAUGCUCAUGUGGCUGCACUUCGCCUCGGCUGUCUUUGGUGGAUCCGCAGCCAUCUUUAAGUUUGAGAUAUACUUUGGGCUUUUAGUGUUCAUCGGCUAUGUGGUCGUGGACACUCAAGAGAUAAUCGAGCUAGCACACCAUGGUGAUAUGGACUAUGUGAAGCAUUCGUUGAACCUCUUCACUGAUUUCGUGGCUAUUUUUGUCCGAAUCCUCAUCAUCAUGCUAAAAAACUCUGCCGAGAAGGAGAAGAACGAGAAGAAGAAGAAAAGAAGAGAUUGAAGUGGGUCGUGGGUCAAUCAUGGCGAGGAGUCAUCUCGUACUUGAGUACUUUCUUCUAUGCAAAGUUUGAUGGAACGCUGUCCUCCAUAAUUUCCGUGUCGGUGUGGUGUUUUCCCGCUUUUGUGUAUAGAAUUACUAUCUGACCUUUUUCUUUAGCGUAGUUUCCCUCUUAAGUGCUUUCUUAAUCUGUUUUGGCAUGUCGUCGCACAUUAUCUACGGCUUAUUGAUAUAAGUCUUAAGGUGAAUGAAUAAACGUGCGCGUAUAACUUCUAAUGAAGGAGGUGGGCGACCUCCCUGCACUGAGACUCUGCCUACCCAAGUGCACUUUUCUUGGCC